AUGUCUGUUAAAGAAUUUCCAAAAAUCAAAUCUGUCAAGACCUACAUUUUAAAUGGAAAAGGAAUUGGCGGUGAUUACCACAAUGUUGAGAGAGGUCAUUGGUUAAUUGAUAAUUCCAUAUCAAAUCCUAUGUCAAAAUUUCCGGAAUAUCGCUCUUCAAGAGUUAGCUGGGGUAUUAAUGUCUUGGGUUCAUUUUGCGUAGAAAUUGAGGCUACAGAUGGUACCCGUGGGUUUGCUACAGGUUUUGGUGGCCCACCAGCAUGUUGGAUGGUUCAGAAUCAUUUCUUAAGAUUCUUAGAAGAGGCUGAUCCAAGGGAUAUUAAUAUUUUGUGGGAUAAAAUGUUUAGGGCUUCUAUGUUUUAUGGACGUAAAGGUAUCACAAUUGCCGUUAUUAGUGUUAUUGAUUUAGCUCUUUGGGAUUUGAUGGGGAAGAUCAGAAAUGAACCGGUUUAUAAAUUAAUUGGAGGUGCUACUAGAGACAAAUUAGAAUUCUACUGUACUGGUUCGAAACCAGAAGCCGCAAAAGAAAUGGGAUUCUGGGGUGGUAAAGUUGCUUUGCCAUACGGGCCAGAUGAAGGUCACAAAGGGUUACAAAAGAACGUUAAGUUCUUAAGGGAUCAUCGCGAGAAGGUUGGCCCAGACUUUCCAUUGAUGGUUGACUGUUAUAUGUCUUUGAAUGUUCUGUAUGCAAUUGAUUUGGCCAAGGCGACUGAAGAUUUGAAUAUUAACUGGUUUGAAGAAGUAUUACACCCAGACGAUAUCGAAGGUUAUGCCCAGUUAAAGAGAGCUUUUCCUAGAAUUAAAUGGACUACUGGUGAACAUGAAUAUACUAGAUAUGGCUUUAGAAAGUUGAUUGAAGGCCGUAAUAUCGAUAUUUUGCAACCUGACGUUAUGUGGGUUGGGGGAUUAACUGAAAUUCUUAAAGUCGCUGCCCAAGCUGCUGCUUAUGAUAUUCCAGUUGUACCACAUGCAUCUGGUCCAUACUCAUAUCAUUUUGUUGUUUCUCAGCAAAAUACUCCAUUCCAGGAAUAUUUGGCGAACUCUCCUGACUCUACAUCUGUUUUGCCAGUAUUUGGCGGAUUAUUUACUGAUGAACCAGUUCCAGUAAACGGAUAUCUUGAUGUUUCUACAUUCGAUAAGCCAGGUUUUGGAUUAACGUUGAAUCCAAAAAUAGAAUUGAUUGAUGCUGACUUCUUAUUAUCUCCUGCACCAGAGAAACCAUUAAAAUUGGCUGAUGGAAAUGCAAAUGGACAUAAAAAUGGAUAUUCUAAUGGUAAGGCCAAUGGAACAGCUAAGUAG